AUGGAGCGCGAGCGGGAAGCGGCGGCGGCGGCGCAGGUCCCUCGGCCGAUUCGGCGUCGGACGUACGUCCGCCGUGAGCACGACAUAGCUCACCAACGUCUGUUCAACGACUAUUUUGCCAAGAAACCACGGUGGGGCCCGACGGUUUUUCACCGCCGGUUUAGAAUGCGACGAGAUCUUUUUCUCCGCAUUAUCCAGACGUUGGAGGCACUUGAUGAAUACUUCCAGUAUUGGGAAGAUGGCGUCGGCAGAUCUGGACUUACGUCGUUGCAGAAGUGCAUGUUUGCGCUCCGAAAGUUGGCCUAUGGAACCACGACUGAUAUGUUCGACGAGUACCUUCACGUUGGGGAGACAACUGGUCGUGAGUGCUUGAUGAAUUUUUGUAGGGGAGUUGCGGAGGCUUAUAGCGACAUCUAUUUGCGAAGGCCGGCUGCUGAGGAUUUCCAGGCCCUGAUGCAUAUGCACGAGAUGGCGCACGGCUUUCCUGGAAUGUUAUGGAGCAUUGAUUGUAUGCACUGGGAGUGGAAGAAUUGUCCGACGGCGUGGAGAGGCCAAUUUACCAGUGCAUACAAGGGCAGCCACCCGACGAUGAUCCUCGAAACCAUCGCUGACCAUCGGCUCUGGAUCUGGCAUGCUUACUUCGUUGUAGCCGGGUCGAACAACGAUAACAACGUCCUCAACUCAUCCAACCUCUUAGCCGAUCAAUGCAGGGGUCCCGGCCCGGCCAUCGAGUUCACUGCCAACAGACGCCAAUAUCAUAUGGGGUACUACUUGGCCUAUGGCAUAUACCCAAGGUGGCUUGUUUUUGUGAAGACGAUCAGCUACCCAAUAGGUGACAGGAGAGUGUUAUUUGCGGCAAGGCAGGAAGCUGCGCGGAAGGAUGUUGGCGAUGAUGAAUGUGGAUCUAGCUCCAGCACGGCGACCCCGCCUGUCGCUCGAGGAUUACCGAUGGGCUUCAAUGAGGUUAUUGCUAGACAGACCUCAAUGCGCAGCCAACAAGACCAUGCUCAGCUCAUGAACGACAUGAUUGAAGAUGUUUGGAAGCGUAAUCACCAUUGA